GUGUUUUUUUUUUUCUGAAGUAACAAUGAGUUUUGUUAGUUUAUUCAGUCGUACAUCUAUUGGAGUAAAUUCUAAAAUCUCCCAGUCUGUCUAUAACCGAUAAAAGAUAUUCAGGAAAGUUAGCUGUGAGCUAUAUGAGGUAAGCUAGAAUCAAGAAAGGACAAGGAAGUUGUAGAGAUUGAAAUGAAGAGAAAAAGGGAAAUGGACUAAAGGUCGGAGUUAAGGUUUGCCAUUGAAGAGCUGUCCAUGUUAGCCAAAGUUCAGCCUGGUGAUAGUCUCGAUGCUGCUCAUAUACCAACCAAGCCUUUUCUUCAUGUCUGCACCUUGAUUCUUCAAGUUCUUGAAAAGAUAGGCCCAACUAUGGCUGUCCUCAGACAAGACAUUUAUCAAAAUAUCCAGAGAUUGGAGAUUCUUUGCGAAUCCGAUCCGACAAAGUAUUCAAAUUUGAUUGAGAUGUUGAAAAAAGAAGACAGUGAAUGCAAUGCAAGAAAGGGUACCAGCUGCAGUAGAGCCUUUCUGUGGCUUACCAGGUCAAUGAAUUUUAUGGUAGCUUUGUUACAAAGAAUGGUGAAGGAUCCGGGGGAGAGCAUGGAACAAGCAGUUGAAGAAUCCUAUAAUAUUACCAUGAAGCAAUGGCAUGGAUGGAUUUCUUCGGCUGCUUUUAAGGUGGCUCUAAAACUCGUCCCUGAUAACAAAACAUUCAUCAGUCUCCUCAUGACAAAAGAUCAAAAUUAUGACAACCUUAAAGAUGAUAUGCAGACCUUAAUUUCAUUACUUGUUCCUUUACUAGAAGAGAUCCAUUCUAUCCUGUUGAGAAUAUUUGUCAAUCUUAAUGUAUUAUCCAGCUUCUAGUUCGUUGUUUAAUGCUUGUUUUCUUAAUUAUGCAGAGAUUUUAUCGAUUAGAUAGGUUAAAGUCUACCUGAGGAGAAUACCUGGGGAAGAAAAAGGCAAGAACAAACAGAUGGAGCUUGGCUUUCUUACAGCUUGUAGUCUUCUCCAAUCCCAUUUCCUUUUGCUGGAAAUAUACAUCUGUAAAUUUUCUUCUAAGUUGUAAGCAAAAUCUGCUGUAACAGCUACUUUUU